CACUUUUUUUUUUUCCCCUGAAAUUCAAAAGCAUUUUGACUCUGUGAAUAACACUAAAUAACCAAUGUCCUCUAUCUACCUUAAAUUGACCAAUAUUUAUUGCAAUAAAAACCAUUAUCAUGUUAUGAAAAAAUAAAAAAGAAAAAACAAACAGCCGUUAACUUCGUUAAAACAGUCAGCAACGGUUUGGGAGGAAGGCCGUUAAAUAGCAGAACGGCGUUACUGAAACCUUAUCUCACGCCCAAGUCCCAAACCGAGCUAGCCCACAGAGCUCCAGAAUCAAAUAGAAGGCAGCUCUGAGACAUGGCGGCCUUAUCCAUGGCGGCACUCCCCCUCUCCUCAUCCCUCUCCAUCGUCAGCCGAGGAGGAAACCCUUCCGCGUCUCUCCCUACCUCUCUAUCCUUCCCCAAUCCCUCAACCCCUCCCAAGCACGGAGGCCUCACCAUCCGUUGCGUUCGAGUUGGGGGCGUGGAGGUCCCCAACAACAAGAGGGUGGAGUUCUCCCUCCAGUACAUCCAUGGCAUCGGCCGCUCGAGGUCCCGCCAGAUCCUCUGCGACCUCGGAAUGGACAACAAGAUCACCAAGGACCUCACCGACGAGGAGCUCAUCUCUCUCCGUGAUGAGGUCUCCAAGUAUAUGAUCGAAGGAGACCUCAGACGUUUCAACAGGCUGGCUAUUGAGAGGUUGAAGGAGAUUAGGUGCUACCGGGGCAUUCGGCACGAGAUGGGGCUUCCCUGCAGAGGCCAGAGGACCAAGAACAACUGCCGCACGCUCAAGGGCAAGAGAGUCGCUGUUGCUGGCAAGAAGAAGGCCAAGUGAUUCCCUGCUAUUUUUUCCCCCAAUGUUUUCAGAAUUGGCAUUAUGUCUGGUAGGUUACUGUACAUUUUUGACAUGGGUUUAGUUUAAGUUUCUGUUCGCUACAUAAUUUGGUUGUAGCUAGACAAAUUGAUGCAUUUCUGGACUUGCACAAUGGUUACAAAGGACUUGUUAAAUUGAUGCUUGAUCUGAAUUGGAGGCAAACUAUAUAGCAUGCUUAAAGGUGGUGCUUGAAGGUCAUCUGUAUGUUAUUAGGCUAAUAUGGCAUGAAGUUUGAGUGGAAUUGGUGUUU